UACAUGUCCCAGAACACACUGCGGUAUCUUGAGCUGUGUGUAUGUGAGGCAAAGAGGAAGAUUUCAGAAUUCGUCUAGAAAAUUGUAGCUGCGCUGUUGUUAAACAGAUAUAAUGGCCUAGCAGUCCAGCUACCUGAUAGUCUUUCCUCACAUAUUCUGAGUGUGUGCUUUGGGUUAUGAGCAGUGGUAAGACUCCUCGUUACAACCGAUACUCCGGAGGAGCAGCGAUAGCUAGCACAGCAACCAUCCCCAGCAGCCCCUCCAGCCCCUCAGCAGACUCUGGCAACGGGAGCAGGAUGGAGGCCUCGUUUGCUCCAACUUUCUCAGCUGCUGGAGCUAAAGCAGAAGGCUCCAGCACUUACAAGCAGCACAGACGGACUCCUUCCUCCUCGAGCACUCUGACCUACUCCCCCCGUGAUGACGACGAUGGAAUGCCUCCCAUCGGUACUCCUCGGAGGUCAGAUUCGGCCAUCUCAGUCCGAUCUCUCCAUUCCGAGUCCAACAUGUCCUUGCGCUCCACUUUCUCUCUGCACGAAGAGGAGGAGGACACGGAGCCGCAGGUCUUUGCUGAGCAGCCUUCAGUCAAACUUUGCUGCCAGCUGUGUUGCAACGUCUUCAAGGACCCCGUCAUCACCACGUGUGGGCACACUUUCUGCAGACGAUGUGCCUUGACUUCAGAUAAGUGCCCUGUGGAUGCAGCUAAGUUAACGGUUGUGGUGAACAACAUUGCAGUAGCCGAGCAGAUUGGAGAGCUCUUCAUCCACUGUAAAUACGGCUGCAGGGCUGUAGGCAGCAGCGCGGCCGGCGCCACGGCCUCCAACACCUCAGUGGCCGGGAAACCUGGAGCCUACGAGGUGGACCCGCUGGGCUGCCCGUUCACAAUCAAACUGUCUACACGCAAAGAACAUGAGGCCAGCUGUGACUACAGGCCCGUGCGAUGCCCAAACAACCCCUCCUGCCCGCCGUUGCUCACCAUGAACCUGGAGGCUCACCUCAAAGAAUGCGAACACAUCAAAUGUCCACACUCCAAAUAUGGCUGCACAUUCAUAGGCAACCAGGACACAUAUGAAACACACCUGGAGGUCUGUAAAUUUGAGGGCCUCAAGGAGUUUCUGCAGCAGACUGACGACAGAUUCCAUGAGAUGCAGCUCACUCUGGCUCAGAAGGACCAAGACAUCGCCUUCCUACGCUCCAUGUUGGGGAAAUUAUCUGAGAAGUUGGAUCAGCUAGAGAAAAACCUGGAGCUCAAAUUUGAUGUGCUGGAUGAGAACCAGAGCAAGCUCAGCGAAGACCUGAUGGAGUUUCGUAGAGAUGCCUCCAUGCUUAACGAUGAGUUGUCCCACAUCAACGCCAGGCUCAACAUGGGAAUCCUGGGCUCAUACGACCCCCAGCAGAUCUUCAAGUGUAAGGGGACAUUUGUGGGCCACCAGGGUCCCGUCUGGUGUCUCUGUGUCUACUCCACUGGAGACCUGCUCUUCUCUGGCUCUUCUGAUAAGACGAUUAAGGUGUGGGACACCUGCACCACCUACAAAUGUCAGAAAACCCUGGAGGGUCAUGAUGGCAUCGUGCUGGCUCUGUGUAUCCAAGGUAACAGGCUAUACAGUGGCUCUGCAGAUUGCACCAUCAUUGUGUGGGACAUUCAGACGCUCCAGAAAGUCAAUACUAUCCGUGCCCAUGACAACCCCGUAUGCACACUGGUCUCCUCCCACAACAUGUUGUUCAGCGGCUCCCUCAAGGCCAUCAAGGUUUGGGACAUCGUGGGCACUGAGCUGAAGCUGAAGAAGGAGCUGACAGGACUCAAUCACUGGGUUCGAGCGCUGGUGGCCUCCCAGAACCACCUGUACAGCGGCUCGUAUCAGACCAUCAAGAUUUGGGACAUCCGCUCUCUGGAGUGUGUUCAUGUCCUGCAGACCAGUGGGGGCAGCGUCUACUCCAUUGCUGUCACCAACCACCACAUCGUCUGCGGCACCUAUGAAAACCUCAUCCACGUGUGGGAUAUUGAGUCUAAAGAGCAGGUGCGGACCUUGACGGGUCACGUGGGGACAGUUUACGCUCUGGCCGUCAUCUCCACCCCCGACCAGACCAAAGUGUUCAGCGCUUCCUAUGACCGCUCCCUCAGGGUGUGGAGCAUGGACAACAUGAUCUGCACCCAGACUCUGCUGAGACACCAGGGCAGUGUAACAGCGCUCGCCGUUUCCAGAGGGCGCCUCUUCUCCGGAGCUGUCGACAGCACCGUCAAGGUGUGGACUUGCUAAACGGUCCGUUGGCUCCACAGGCGUCCAGCUCACUUCACCUCCCGUUAACGUUUCCGCGCAGUUCCCGCCUCAGCACGCAUUUCUUUGAUUGUGAUUUACACACUCCUUAGUGGCCUCAUCCACCUGUGCAUUACAGGGCACAGCGAGACAAAGCUGCCUUACGGUUGCACCACACUGGACUGACUGGACGCUGCACAUUAACCCGAGGUGUGGAGAGGACUGCGGCUGUGCUUUUUUUCACACAGUCGACGGUGCUGCCGGCUUCCUGCAGACGAACUUCACCCAUGAUACCCAACACAUACUGUUUAAAGGCUGGCUUCACUACCCUGGGUGGACCCCAUGCAGAUACCGUAUGUUUAUUACGUCAUCGAUGAUUUAAGCUUGUAUAAGUGAGCAAAAGGCGUUCUUCUGGGCAAAGGCCUUCAUCCACGGCGUCACGACUCCGAAUGUUUCAUUUUAAUCAUUUUGACAAACCCUCCGCCUGGUUAGCAAACCGGGAGCACUCCACGUGUCCACGUCCAGCAGCUGUUUGUCCAAAGUGCCAGCUAACAUUCUCAAGAGUUUUAAUCCUGUUUAAAAAAGAAAAAAGGUAAAUUGAUACUUAAUUAAAUAUCAGUUUAUUUCUGUUAAACAGUGAAAUGUUUAUAGCAGUGUGUGCAAUAAAAAUAUAUUUAUGAAUGAUAUAGUAUUAUGUACAGAAUCAGAGCUGAUAAAUCACAUCAACCAGAUGUUGGGCUGACACCUGAGCCACAUGUUGGUGUUUCAGGGCCACAGCAGCACUUUUGUUAAUCCAGCCUGCACAUUUUUCCUUUUUUAAAUGUCGACUUUUCUCCUCAAACUAGCUUCACUGAUUUCUCAACGAUGCACCUCGAGGUAAAAACUCAGCCGGGUAGUGCACACCAUUCUGCUGCUUACACUCCGUUCACACUCCAUCAGAUAACUGAUCUCAGAGUCCGCCUGAGUAGCUUCAUAAAUCAAUUUCUAAGCAGUCCAAGAUAAAAGCGUCUCCCUUUCAGCUGAAGCGUCACGUUGGUGGUCGCCCAGUCCAGUGUUGUGAAACCAGCCUUUCGAAAAACACUUUUUAACGCAGCAAAGACUUUUAAGAGAAAGAUCUAUAGAUUUAGAGUUUUACAUUUGUGCCAUGAUGGAGAUGUAUUGAGAUGUAUUGAGAGCAACUCGACGGUUGUAAAGUCGUGUAAGAUAACAGAGAGGACGACUCAACCCGGCCUGCAGGGCGGAGCGAGAAGGACGACCUGCGUGCAUGCACGUGCCUGUUAUUGUCUAUACAUGAGUGUUUCAAUGAGUGCCAUAUGUGUGGAUGAAAAAUAAGGAACAGCUGUAAUGAUGCCUUUUCCUCUCCUCUGUAUGUCCCUCCCUCCUCUCUGACCACAGAGUAACACAAACAGUUGACUGCAGUUAACAUUAACUCCCCGACGAAAAGGCGCCUGUGCUUUCCUAAAUGAUGUGUAAGGACCCAUAUUGGGUUGACAGUACAGCAGAAGGGUUGAAAUAUUCUUGUGAUAGUCGGUGAGAUUCAGAGACUAAAUCAGAGUUUCACGGGUGUUUAAUAGUUUGGCUGCAGCCUCGUGAGGGAGGCAGAGGAAGGGAAGAGAGGAAGCAUCUUCACUGGUCACACUUUAAGUGAUUUCUUGUAUACUUGUAAUCAUGUAAGCCUAAGUUGAUCGUUGAUCAAUAAAAGUGUUGUACACUUGGA